CAAAUUAGUAAUCCCAUCAUUAGAGUUUCAAACGUCAACGUAAACGCGUCAAUUAGAAAGUGAAGAAUUGACAAAUAUAGGAAAUUUCUAGUGAGAGUUCGAAGAUAAAAAUCAAUUAUAAAAAUGGCACUCAGAUUAACAAACAGUCGUUCGAAAUCCGCAUCAGAUAUUCUAGAGGAAACGACGAGAAAUAAAAAGAAAUUUGAACAACAUUACUUCACUGAAAAUCGUUACAGAACCUUCACGUUAAAAGGCUUCGAAGAAGAGAAGACAAGUUUCGUUGAAAAGGAACAAUCUUCACCGAAAUCUACACAAAACUUCGUGAAAAAAUUAAUAGCUUCUUUGGAGAAGAAAAACGAAGCCUGUAAAGCAGACGAUGAGUUCUUCGCUAAAUAUUAUACAAGAAACGAUUGUCCCAAUAAAACAGAUAAUUAUCAAAAAGAAAAUUUAACAAUUGAAAAUAACAUUCCUGUUCCAGGAAAAAGUGUAACGGGUAACAAUAAUCGCGUAAACAAAACACCAUUGGGAAAUUUAAACAGGAACGAGUGUAAAAUAAAUGAUCAAAAAUCGUAUUGUAAUCGGUAUCACACUUUUCAAUCGGUAUACGAAUCCAAUGUACGAAAAAAUGAAGAAAAGAAAUAUGGUUUCUCUUCUUUCGAUCGAAAUCGGUAUCGAGUUGAACGAAAACAAAUGGAGAUUGUUAAGAAUGAAGAAGAAAAUACAGAAAGAAGGACAAAGUUCGUUCGAAGUAAAUCUUUCAAAGAUUUUUUUGGAUCUAUGUUGAAAUGGCGAAGAUCUAGAAAUAAGAAGCCUCAACAUUUUAUGUCUUGCGAUCAUUUAAUCGAACAAUCGAAGAAUUUGAAUUCCAGAAAUGGACAAAUAUUAUCCAGAAGUUCCUCUUCUUUACAAGCUACGGUACUUCAAGAUUGUGAUGAUAAAAAUAUUAUACGGAAUAAGGAGCGUAGAGCGACUAUUCAUCCAAUUUAUGGUGGGAAAAGAAAUGAACAACUAUUGGAAAUAUUGUCAAAGAGAAAAGAAGAUCUUGAAAACACAGAACACCUUCUGAAGCCUUCUGCGAUCAAAGAUAUAGCAAAGUGUUUCUCUCAACUGCCGAAUAAAUCACUGAUCAACAACCAGCUUAAUGAAAGAAGAAAGCUACAUGUUAAAAAAUAUUGAUAACAUAGUUAAUAGAACUCUAUUUGUUUAUAGACUAUCUUAAAAUUUUAUUUUAUCGUUCAACUUUGACUUUAAUAAAAUUAAAAUUACAAAGAAUAAA